AUGACAUCCCUGAAAGAACUCGAGCCAUACGUCGACAGCGCCAUCCAGGUCUUCCUCGGGAAGCUGGGCGGCAUGCUUGGGAGAACAGUGGAUCUAGGAAACUGGGUUCAACUCUAUGCUUUUGACGUGAUAGGAGAAGUCACUUUCUCGAAGCGAUUCGGCUUCAUGGAUGUCGAGUCUGAUGAUGGCUCCUUCAAGCAAAUCGAGACUGCGCUACGAUCUGCCGCUUGGAUCGGCCAAGUUCCAUGGCUUUACUGGACUUUUGACUACUUGUCUCCCAUAAUUGGAAACUGGCUUGGCAUCGCAUCUCGUCAUGGAAGCUUGCGCAAGUUUGCUGCACGCGAGGUCGCUGCCAGACAAGACCGGGGAUCCGACCACCAAGACAUCUUGACGAAGCUGUUCGCCGUUCAUAAAGAGAAGCCUGAGCAGUUUGAUUACUCCGACUUGGUAUCAAUGGCGAAUUCGAACAUAUUCGCUGGAAGUGACACAACCGCAAUUUCGAUCCGGUCAAUCAUCUACCAUCUUUUGAAGAACCCUGAAGCGAAACGUCGACUUAUUAAGGAAGUCGAUGAGCACUGGAGACAAGGAAAGCUUAGUGAUCCGAUUACUAUUGCAGAAUCUGAGAAUAUGUCUUACCUGCAAGCGGCGAUGUAUGAAGGCUUGCGAGUACAUCCUGCUGUCGGCAUGACUCUUCCUCGUGUCGUGCCCCAAAGUGGCUAUGAUAUUGGUGGCUACCACAUGCCAGCCGGGUCUAUCGUCGGCGUCAACCCUUGGGUUGUACAUCGUAGCAAGGAAGUGUUUGGUCAAGAUGUUUACGCAUUUCGCCCUGAGAGGUGGCUCAAAGAAGACAGUGGCGACAUGCGUAAGGUCCCCUGA